UCUAUAGCGAAACGUGUGAGGAUUCACCGAAUAACUGAAAUUACAUCCAAUUGUUAAGCAGGUGCUUAUUAAAUUCAAUUAGUCUGUCUACAUGGCGUAGACAUAAUGAAUAAACUGGGAUUCGAAAAUUGAGAUGCCGGCAUUCAAUUGAAACAGGUGUGUAAACAACUUGUUUGAAAGAGGUGGUGAUCUUCAAUUAACUGGAGCAAGCUGUUCAUAUUCUGCAGCAAGAAAAAUACACUGGGGUCUAUUAUAGAGCAUAUAUAAACAGGAGAAACAGAAGCUGCAAGAUGGAUUCUGUGGUGGAAAACUGUUCAAACACCAAAAUGGCGCAUGUUCCAUACAAGACCUUGUGUUUCUCACUGGCAGAUGAACAGAAUGGCAAUGACUUGCCAAGUCCAGUCUCUGCCAGGAGCAUCAGCAGCCUUAGCAACAGAAGUGUAGAAAGUCCACCCGACAUUGAGAUGUUCGAGUGUCUGAGUGAUGGCAAUUCAGUGGAGGGUGACUCCUCGUGCUCUUUCUUAAAGAGCUCUCCAAGCACCACAGGGUUAAUUAUCACAGAACUCUACAAUGAUGCGCACGAUGAUCAUGCAAGGUACUGUAUAGAUGGCAGUGUUGAUGGAAGUAGCAGGGCCUCAAGCCCACUCCUGUCCUCUGCCGGGCAAAGCGUCUCGGAGAGUUCCUCUGAGCCACCCUGCCGUAGCUUCAGCGAUGGCUCCAUGGACAGGGUCCUGCGCAGCAACAGCUUCUGCCUGCAAGACUCAGACCAGGCCCUCAGCAUCUCCUAUCUGGCGGAGUCGGCAGGAUCCCCAGCGACGCCCUCUGACCUGGGCGUACCCUCUCUCCGGGAGCUGGGGGUCACCCCAAAAGAGCAAAUGAAGCACCUGCACCUGGGAGAUGUCCCCUUUAGCCCGCAUAAUCAAACCUAUUUCCUGGAUGAAUGUACAGGGCAACCUGCUCUCAGUGUGGCAGCAAAGGCUAGAGGAAGUCCACUAGCUGUGCCCACUUCAAAGUUUGAUUUUGCCACCCCAGGGUCCUGUAGGACUGGUCACUCUGCUCUGAAGCUGCGGCACAAUAAUACUCAUGGAUCCGGUCGGCUCAUGACUGCAGCGGACAGCACUUUUAUGGUGCCUGCCUCUGAGGAGAGUGACCCCAGCAAUGUGCAGACAUCCACUCCAGUGCAGUCCCUAAGCAACAAGACAUUCUGCCUACCAACCCUCAACGAGUCACCCUUCACAAAAGAACCAGGAGACCAGGGAAGCUCAAAAGCUGACGGGAUGAAGGAACAGCCAGGGUCUGGCCCCACACCAACAGGGGUGGCUACUAAGACGGCUACUGUGGCACCCAAGGUCAAAAAGUUCACCAAGCCUGAUUUUAGUGCUGUGAAGUCAAAGAUCUUCUCAAAGCAGGCAAGCACACAAAAAUCAUCAAAUCUGCCAGUUGUGCAAGCUUCUCCAUUUUGUUCCUCUAAGCGUAACGAGGAGCAGGUUCAGAAACCAGCUCGCCCGACACGGAAUAAACCCUCUGCUACGUCGGCUCUGCUACGUCCCUCUGCUACACCUAAAAAGAUUGCUUUAAGUAGGGGAGAGGCGCCACCUUCAGACAAACAAGAGAAGCCUCCUGCAAGUCACAAUAAGCUUAUGUUCCCCAAGCCUCGGCCGCGUCUGUGGUCUGACAGUUCCUCUGUGCCCAAAACAAAGGCUGACACUCAGCACCAGAGGGGGAAAACGGCCCCUCCCAGUUUCAUAGCUAAGGUCUACAAAGCUGUCACUCAGUCCAAGGCUGUUCCUCAGAGACAUCAGUUGAAGUCCAUACAGGGACAUCAGAAUGGCUCCACAUCUUCUCAAGAGGAUGCACUCAGCAAAAGAGCCCCAGAGUCCCGGUUGGAGCGGACAAAGAUAAGCCCAAAAACGGUGAGCAGCAAGCCAGCGGGGUCAGUGACCGGGUCAGCAGUGAGACCUGGAGCAGGCUUGGAGGAGAAGAAGGGCCGGUUUGGAGUGCAGUCGUCUCCCUGCCGUGAGCGAGCUGCCCCAGGCUCUCCGGCCGCUGGGGGGAGCGGCUCACGGCAUCCACCCAUUAUGGCCAAGCUGAGGCUGGGCAGCACCCGGGGGUUCAGUCCUAACAAAGACAGCCAGGCUCCAGGUCAUUCCAAAAGUGUUCUGAACAACGUGUCCACUGGUGUAGGAUCGUCACGGCCUCAGGAUGCAGUCAGUGGGGUAAAGAACAGCCCAAAGAAAGCCCUUCCCCCAGUGACCCCCUCCAGAAUACCUACGCAGCCCCAAGGAGUAAUCAAGAACAUCAGUGGAUCCUCUCACUCCAGUGGCCACAACUUACAAGACGCCAUGGCUGCACACAGGAGCCUCUGGAGCUGCACAUCGACCUCAACCUCGAUCUGGACCGAGUUGGCCAUACCUGCCAUCUCCCCCAACACCACGCUGGACCUGCACGGCGGCGGGACUCCACACUGUGAUCUCACGCUCUUGACUUGCCUCCUCAUUGGAUCCUAUCGCUUCUGUAUCAUCCCUUUGUUAGCCGCCUUCCAUGCCAAGCCUAAGUCACAGCAAUGGGGAAGCUGUGGAGAAUCCCAGUGUAACAGUGGUGGAAGGGCUGCCUCAUCCAAAGCCUCAGGACUCCGACCCAGACUCCAGACACCAGCUAAGAGCACCACAAGAACAGCAGUUUACAGGAGCGCCGCCUCAUCCAAUCCAACCGCCAUCAAGCCCGUCUCCAGCACCUCCAAAAAGCUCCCUCUGACACGGCUGGCCCAGGCAAACACCAUUCAACCAGUGGACAAGAACAAAUCGAGGCCCAACGCCCGGAACCCACAACCACCACCACCAGCAGCGCAGCAGCAGGUGAAUGGCCAUCGGGACCCAGCGGCCGCUGCGGGCAAGUGGAGUGUGGAGCACUACCAGGCACAGUGUGCGAGAAGCACCACCACCAUCCAAGAGCUGAAGAGGCUUCUUCUGGGAAGCAACUGCAGAUUUGAAGCGGUCACUGUUGUCCUGCAGCGUUGUAUAGCAGAGCAUGAAGAGUCCUUGAGGAAAUGUGGGGAGUUGUCUCAGGAGCUGGUGAACCUGCGUGAGGAGCUGGUGAACUCCUCCCAGUCAUGCGAUCGUCUGGAGCAAGAGAAGGAGGACCUGCGGGCGGCCUUCGAUGGCGUCCUCCAGAAGCUACAGGAGCAGCACCGCAACGACCUGGCCGAGCUGGAGGAGAGACUCCGCACCUUCUACGCCGCCGAGUGGGAGAAGGUCCACCAGGUCUACCAGGAGGAGGCCGACAAGUGCAAGACCCAGAUGGAACAGCAGCUGGAAAGUUUGAAGUCCAAGCAUGAGGUUUUGAAGAAGGACCUGGAAGCCAGCCAUGCUGACAAGAUGGAGAGCAUCAAACAGCAGCAUGAACAGUCUUUAGAGGAAGUCAGGAAAGCUCAUGAAACUGAAAUGCAGACAUUAGACAACGCUCUAAAGGAGACUGAAGUGAACCUAACAGGUCAGAUUGAAGAGCUCCGGACAGAGAACAGUGCUUUAAAUGAAAAGCUUAGAGAAGACGAGAAGAGGAGGGAAAUGUUUGCAGGUUCUCAGAAGGACUCCCACACUCUCUAUCUGGAGCAAGAGCUGGAAAGUCUUAAAGUGGUGCUGGAGAUCAAGACCCAGCAGCUGCACCAGCAAGACAAGAAGCUCAUGCAGAUGGACAAAGUGCUGGAGAGGAAUGUGAAACUUGAUGAAUGUCUGCAAAAAGUCCAGCAGGAGAAUGAGGAUCUCAAAGCCAGGAUGGACAGGCAUAUGGCUUUGUCUAGGCAACUGUCCACGGAGCAGGCAGUGUUACAGGAGUCUCUUCAGAAGGAGUCCAACGUGAACAAGCGCCUCUCCAUGGAAAAUGAAGAGCUCCUCUGGAAAUUACACAAUGGAGACUUGAGUAGCCCACGCAAGCUGUCGCCCACGACACCCUCCAUGUCCCUGCAGUCGCCCCGAAACUCUGGAGUCUUUUCCAGCCCUCCUGUUUCACCCAGAUAACACCGGCUCAAGGCUUCCAUGAAGCGUGCGACCUGUGACUCUCUCAGAGUUUUAGACCAUACCAAAAGCUAUAUUAGCUACACAGGGUUACUUUUAGCCCUGUUAUCCCAAGAAGACAUUUCCAAAAACGGAUAUACUUUUUCAACAUGAUGUACAUAUGACUGUAAAGACACUUGUAUUGCACAGAAGCACUUAACCAGCGUGGACAACCAUGUUCUGAAUUUCUGCCUUUCUGUUUUUGAUGUAUGGAGGAAAAAGGACAUCUCAGGUGUGUCUUAAUUUUUUUCUGACUAUUUUGACUAAGGCCAUUUGAAAUCCUUGAGAAGAAUGGCAUCCUCAUCACCCCCUUUGUUGCAGUCAGACUGCCAGAAUCCUGCUUCACUAAACGAUUUGCAGUUGUAGGUUGUUAGUCUAUGUGGUGUUGCAUUGUCAAAUUAGUUUUCCUGCCACUCAACAUAUUCAAACCUUCACCGAUUUGGGACACCGGGAAUCUACAGAAAUGUGUAAAGGAAUGUAAAACAGGCAGAGAUAUUGACAGUGCUAAAUUCUACAGCGGUGGUUUGGUUAGAUGAGAUGACUGAAUGAUUCACACUUAAGAACUUUCUUACUGAAAACUGAAGAUGCCGAAGGUGCAUUAAAUUGGCCACAUGUGACCUCAAUCACUACAGAAAGAAUCUGGAUUCCAGAAGACUAUAAAUAUGUAAAAACUGUACUUUACCUUUCAUCAAGCCUCUCUAUAAUUCAACUAUUUCAAAAGGCCUCCUUCUAUGCCAUAAUAACGAACACUCAGUGCCUGCUGACUGUGAGACUCUCCAGAGCUUUUGGGGUUACGGCAGAUCUUAACCCGCUGUGCUCUGGACACAAGUACCCAGUACAGCUUGACCAGAACGUUUGUAUAGACCUAUUAUUGCUGAUCUGGAGGGUAGUGAUGCAGUUUAAAAUCUGCCGUUAAGCAUGUGCACAUGUCCUGUCCCCUAUGUGGUCUCCUCAGCACAGUGGUGCAAAGGGAAACCCAGUCACUAUGGUUCCUGAUUAGACUCUGUCAGUGGCGAGGAAGACGCUUUAGAAGAAGGUUGUUUAUGAAGGGCUGCUGGUCAGGUAAUCAUGAGGGCCUUUCACUUCAUUAAGAACUCUGAGGUGUUCUGCUGAUUUGGUAGAUUUGAUUGACCAGAAUAAUGAAUUGUCAUCAGUAACUUGACUCUUCACCAAGGCAUGUCUAACCCCAACUGAGAGUUUUGCUUUUCCUCUGUUCAGAUUUCUCAAAUGACCAUGGGACCAGUGCAUCUGACUGUUUGUGCACGGCUUGAGAGCAUCUCUUCUUUUGUACAAAGAGGACUCUCCUACUGCAGCUUUAAGAGAUUGAUGUCAUGGCAGUGUAAAUGUGUGGCCACGAAAAGAGAUGUGUUGGAGUGUGGGUGUCUAUUUUGAGUGUCACUUGAGUCUGUUUUGCUUUAAAGUAACCAUUUGGAUGUGAAUUUAUUCAUGUGACCGAAGCUCUUUUAAAAUAUGCAAUGAAUAAAGUCAGCUAUUACACUUAAA